CUCAACUAUCAUCUCAACUAUUCCAUGCAAAAAAAAACAAAAAAAACAUGACGACCUCCAAAAUCCUCGUUCUCAUCACCGGUGCCAAUCAAGGCAUCGGCUUCGCCGUGGCACAGCAGCUAGCUAGCUCAAGCAAGUUCCAUGUGCUAGUCGGCGCACGCACGACACUCAAGGCCGAAGCUGCAGUCAAGGAGCUGGAAUCAGAUGCAGUGGACAAAUCAGCUCUCACACCCAUUUCCAUCGAUGUGACAGAUGAUGCGUCCAUCGCUGCAGCUGCGCAGACCGUCUCGGAAACAUUCGGACGUCUGGACAUCCUGAUCAAUAAUGCGGGCAUUGCGCAGACACCCGCCACUACCCUGCGCGAGCAAUACCGGCAAGUAUUCGAUGUCAAUGUGUUUGGCAUCGUGGUUGUCAUGGAUACAUUCCUCCCAUUGCUGCGUGCAUCGACGUAUUCCGAUCGCCGCAUUGUCAAUGUCACGUCCGGGCAGGGUCUGAUCAGCAGAGCCGGCCACAAGGAUCAUCCGGCUAGCGCAAAGACCUAUUUCAUACCUGACUACCGCAGUAGCAAAGCAGCGGUUAAUAUGAUCACCGUCGCUCAUGCGGUAAAGCUGGCUGAUGAGAAGAUUGCUGUCAUUGCGGCUGCCCCGGGCUACUGCCGCACCAGUAUCAACGGAGGUCAAGGAGUCAAGGAAGCAAGCGACGGGGCCAGGGUCAUUGUGCGCGCUGCCACAGAAGGCGACCCGGAGAAACUGAGUGGGACGUUCGUCGCGGACGAACAAUGGGGCCUUGGGUGGUGAUGGCGCGUAAGGGAGCAAAUAAG